CGCCUUCCGUCCCCCGUUUCCGGUGGUGGUGCAGGACGGUGCUCGGCCCCCGCAGUUCGCUCCCCUGCCGUCACCAUGCCGCUGGAAAACCUAGAGGAAGAGGGUCUGCCCAAGAACCCCGACCUGCGCAUCGCGCAGCUGCGCUUCCUGCUCAGCCUGCCCGAGCACCGCGGGAACGCGGCGGUGCGCGAGGAGCUGAUGGCGGCCGUCCGGGAAAACAAUAUGGCUCCUUAUUACGAAGCCUUGUGUAAAUCCCUCGACUGGCAGAUGGACAUGGAUCUCCUCAGUAAAAUGAAGAAAGCAAAUGAAGAAGAGUUGAAGCGCCUGGAUGAAGAGCUGGAGGACGCAGAGAAGAAUCUGGGAGAGAGUGAAAUUCGAGAUGCAAUGAUGGCGAAAGCGGAGUACCUCUGUCUGAUAGGUGACAAGGAGGGAGCUCUGACAGCGUUUCGAAAGACAUACGAUAAGACUGUGGCCCUGGGUCACCGACUAGAUAUUGUAUUUUAUCUCCUAAGGAUCGGCCUCUUUUAUAUGGAUAAUGACCUCAUCACUCGAAACACAGAAAAGGCCAAGAGCCUGAUAGAAGAAGGUGGAGACUGGGAUAGGAGAAAUAGGCUGAAAGUGUACCAAGGUCUAUACUGUGUGGCUAUCCGUGACUUCAAACAGGCAGCGGAGCUCUUUCUCGACACGGUGUCUACAUUUACAUCCUAUGAGCUCAUGGACUAUAAGACAUUUGUGACUUACACCGUUUAUGUCAGUAUGAUUGCCUUAGAAAGACCAGAUCUCAGGGAAAAGGUCAUUAAAGGAGCAGAAAUUCUUGAAGUGUUGCACAGUCUUCCAGCAGUCCGGCAGUAUCUGUUUUCUCUCUACGAAUGCCGUUACUCAGUUUUCUUUCAAUCAUUAGCGAUCGUGGAACAGGAAAUGAAAAAGGAUUGGCUCUUUGCACCUCAUUACCGAUACUAUGUAAGGGAAAUGAGAAUUCAUGCGUACAGCCAGCUGCUGGAAUCAUAUAGGUCAUUAACCCUUGGCUAUAUGGCAGAAGCAUUUGGUGUGGGCGUGGAAUUCAUUGACCAGGAACUGUCCAGGUUUAUUGCUGCUGGAAGACUACAUUGCAAAAUCGAUAAAGUAAAUGAAAUAGUAGAAACCAACAGACCUGAUAGCAAGAACUGGCAGUACCAAGAAACCAUCAAGAAAGGAGACUUACUACUAAACAGGGUUCAGAAAUUGUCCAGAGUAAUUAACAUGUAAAACUAUUUAAAAAUGUAUUCCCUCAUGGAUGUUACUUGAAGCUUUCAUAGAUUUCUUCACUGUGUGCCCACUUCCACAGCAUCAAAUAAAUAUGCCAUUGUU